CUGCUCCUCCUGCUCCUCCCGAGCCCACUAAGCACGCUGCCCACUGCGCACGCCUCCCUCUCUCCUCCUCUCUCCGGCUGCUGCUCACCAUCAAGAAGUCGCUUUCUCUAUCGUGCCGAAUUAACGCGAGGCUUUUUUUAUAUAGCAGCGAAACGAGGUUCAUUGCGUAAAUCGUGCGCUUUUCUCCCCGCACGAUUCUUUUGUCUCUGACCCUGCGCUCUCCUUGAACAGCACCUCUCCGUCCGGCUGGAACACGGUGUUCUCUGGGGGUGGAAAUGACGGCCAAGCAUCGCAAACCGAAGAACAACCACAAAAACGAAGACAACUUUUUCAAGAAUGAAGUGGUCGAGUCCGAGGCGCGCGCCGGGGGGAGUAAUUACGCGGCGCUGCUGGUUUUAUUCCUGAUGAUCGUGGCCGGCGGUGCCGCCGGCGCGUGGCUGGUUCUCCAGCAGCACGAAACUUUAACCCACCUGACAGACAACCUGACGGCCAUGCAGAUGAAGGUAGUGAGGCUCCAGUCCUCCCAUGAAGAAAUGCGACAGUCCAGUGAUAAGCACAUGUCGGAGAGUGUGGAGAACCGUCUGAUUGCACUGGAGGAGUCUUAUGCACUGGCCCAGAAACAGGUGGGCAUGGCCCUGGCUACGGCUGAGCAGCUGAAGACCACGGACCUCCCCGCUCAGGUGCUGUCCCUCCACACCGAGAUGAAAACCCGCAUGGCCGAGAUGCAGCAAGCCACGGUUUCCCUGGAGCAACUGGGCGAGCUGCAGACCAUGGUGAUGGGAAAGAGCGAGGAGUUCGAGGACGUCAGGGUGCAGGUGGAGGGUCUGACCUCCCUGAGCACGGAGCUGUCCCAGACGGUGGAGGUCUUAACUGGGAGCCUGGGAGCCGCAGAGUCCAUGCUGGAGGAGAAAGAGGUGCAGCUCACCGCACUGGGCACGGCCCUCAUCGAACAGGCUGCCGAGCUGCUCAAACUGAAUUUGGAAGUGGACGCCCAACAGGCUCAGCUGAAGGCCAGCACGCAGGAGGUGGCGACUGUCAGAGGGUUGCUGGAGAAUGAGCAGUCCCAGCAGGCCAGUGUGGAGGAGCAGCUCAGUGCGGUGCAUGAGAAUCUGCAGGAACAGAACUCGGCGGCCCAGAGUCUGCACUCUGAACUCAGGGCUCAGCUGGAGAACAUUCAGGAACAAGUUACCCAGCUGGCGCUUGAGGUGAAAGCCGCUGCAGAGCCUGUGGAAGAGGUCAUCGAAGAAGAAGAAGAAGCAGCUGCUACAGAGGAAGCGCCUGUCGAGCAGGAGGUCCCCGUCGCACCUGUCGAGCAGGAGGUCCCUGUCGCUCCUGCAGAGGAGGUGGAGGAGGAGGAAGUGGAGACGACACAAACGGAAGAGGAGAGCCAGGAAAUAUCGGAAGGAGGGAACGUUCUGGAGGGGUCGCCGGUCGGUUAUCCGCAAGAGGGGGAAGAGAAGGAAGAACCGUUGCUGGAGGAGGCAGAGGAGGAAGAGGAGCCUUUAGAAAAUGAUGCUUUAGCGCAGGAUGAAUAGGUUUUUCUGGACAUACUCAACCAAGGAGGAUUGGGAACCUUUCUCAGUCUAAAGACACUGUCAACAAUAAGACGAAUACUCUAGGCAGGCUUUAUAGAUUGCUGGUGUUUAGGUGCAGUCUUCACUGUGUGGUUGCUCUUUGAAAGGCAGACGAAAACCAGAAGAGUUCAUUCACUGUGCUGGAGCUGAAACGUGCACAUGAAAUACCACAUGGCUGUUUAUGUUUGAAAAACGACUAAUUCAGGAUUUUUUUACUUGCCAAUAACGAUCUCAGAAGCCUUAAUUCAUACAAAGUGACUGUCUUUCUAUAGAGCAUUUUCCACUCUUCAUAACUUGCACUUUUUUUUUUUGUCAGGGUUAGGUCUGUACUCAACUGGAAAACUGCAAACCAAUGACACAACAAGAACUGUUUAUCAGUGCACUUGAAGCCAUAAGAAAAGCCUGUCUCUCUGACAUGAAAUAUGUGUCUUGUUGUCACUGCCUGAAAUGUUUUUUAUUAAAGAUAAAUGCAGAAUAAAAGUUAUUGAAUCCCAGGUGUUUAAACAGGAAAACUUAAGAGCAAGUAAAAAAAGCAGAAAAGAUACAGAAGAACAAGUCUUGAAUGUGUUUAAAGUAUUUACUAACUGUAGAUGAUAGUUUUUUUUUACUUUAUAAAGUACAUAUCUGUAGUUCAGUACUUAAAAUCGAAGGAUUUCUUAAAGUAGUUUGGCCUUUUUUUUGCACUUUUUUAAAAAUCAGUUUCAGUUCCAGCCACACAGAACUAACCUGCAGUGUUGUAAGUUACAGACAGGUCUAAAAGCUUGAACCUCCCAAAACUGGUUUCAUCAACAUUUAUUUAUAAGAAAAUGCAUUUUAUAGUAGGUUCAGACUAUUUAGUGUCGUUGUGGGUCUUUUAAUAAAUAACCACAGGUAUUUUAUGUAACUAGAAGAGCUUCAUAAAGCACCUCAGGGACAAACUGUUCUCUAGAUAUGUGAUUUUUACUGAAAACGAGCCCAAAAACAAUCAGACCUAAACUGACCAUACCUUAGUUAACAUGUUCAGGCAGAAGAUGGCCGACAAGUAGCAGCUAAUGAUGCAAGACCACGUCUUUGACAUCAGUUUCAAAAUGUUGAAAACCAGAAGAAUCGAAACCUCGACUUCAGAUUAAUCCAGGUUUAACUGUUCACAUCUGUAAUUGCAGAGCUACGUGAGAGGCUAUAGUGCAACAGUUCAUCAAACCAGUGGAAAACACGUGAAAAGUGUGGGGGGUGUAAACAGGUUCAGCUCCACCAAACAGGACGACUGUUCCUUCCCUGUCAGACCUCAUGGCUUCAGUUUCUAAGUAAUGAGAGUCUAAAGUCUGAGAGAGCAGCUGCUGGACUUCUCUUCUACACAUCUCAUGUGUGAAACCGAAGCUGAACAUGUGACGACUCUGCAGGACUGUUUCUGUGAGAUGUUUGGAAGACAACUGGAAUAAUGUGAAUCAUCAAAUAUGAAAAAAAAAACUAACUGCAGGAAUACAAGCUGUGACUCGAGCAAAUAGACAUAUCAAAUAUUAACCUCACAUAAAGUGUUACACAUUUACCAAAUGACCUCUUUGAGCACACGACAAAUGUUUGUGCUUUCACAUAAACGUGGAAUAUGUUUCUGAUAAGGGUUUAAACUGUUCUCUGUACCACUGGAAAACCUUUGAACAUCACUGUAGGAUUUUUUUUUUUUAACUAAAACUAAUAUUCACAUUUUGCGAAUGUACGGUUUUGCUGAGGCAUCGGUUAUUGUCAGUAUGAUACUUGUCAUGUUUUUAAAAUAAACGCUGGUUCUUUCA